UCGUUUCGAGCUUCUGCUGCCCGAUUUUACGUCCAUCGUCCCACCAUGCAGAGUGUACCUCCGAAGAAGAAGCUGGAGAAGAAAGCGGAGAAGCAGCUCUUUGACGCCGCGUCCUUUGGGAAGGACCUGCUGGCGGGCGGGGUGGCGGCGGCCGUGUCCAAGACGACGGUGGCGCCCGUCGAGCGGGUAAAGCUGCUGCUGCAGGUGCAGGCGUCGUCCAAGCAGAUCAGCCCCGAGGCCCAGUACAAAGGCCUCAUGGACUGCCUGGUGCGGAUUCCCCGUGAACAGGGUUUCUUCAGUUAUUGGCGUGGCAAUUUGGCAAAUGUUAUCCGGUAUUUUCCAACACAAGCUCUAAACUUUGCUUUCAAAGACAAAUACAAACAACUGUUCAUGUCUGGAGUUAAUGAAGAAAAACAGUUCUGGAGGUGGUUUUUGGCAAACCUGGCUUCUGGUGGAGCCGCUGGGGCAACAUCCUUAUGUGUAGUAUAUCCGCUAGAUUUUGCCCGAACCCGAUUAGGUGUUGAUAUUGGAAAAGGUCCUGAAGAGAGACAAUUCAAGGGUUUAGGUGACUGUAUUAUGAAAAUAGCAAAAUCAGAUGGAAUUGUUGGUUUAUACCGAGGGUUUGGUGUUUCAGUUCAGGGCAUCAUUGUGUACCGAGCCUCUUAUUUUGGAACUUACGACACAGUUAAGGGCUUAUUACCAAAACCAAAGGAAACUCCUUUUCUUGUCUCCUUUUUCAUUGCUCAAGUUGUGACUACAUGCUCUGGAAUACUCUCCUAUCCCUUUGACACAGUUAGAAGACGUAUGAUGAUGCAGAGUGGUGAGGCUGAACGGCAAUAUAAAGGAACUUUAGACUGCUUUGUGAAGAUAUACCAACAUGAGGGAAUUGGCGCAUUUUUUCGUGGUGCCUUCUCCAAUAUCCUUCGUGGUACAGGGGGUGCUUUGGUGUUGGUAUUAUAUGAUAAAAUUAAAGACCUCCUUAAUAUUGAUAUUGGAGGUAGUUCAUCGGGAGAUUAAAUUGAAAAAUGGAUAUAGUUAACUUAUUAAACAUACAAAUUACGUAGCUGCCAUUUGUAUACAUUUUGAUAGUGUGUUAUUACUGUCAGUAUUUUCUUAAAGUGCUAAUUCUGCAGUGAAGCAUAGGCUUUUUUUUUUUUUUUUUUUUGCGGUACACGGGCCUCUCACUGUUGUGGCCUCUCCCAUUGUGGAGCACAGGCUCCAGACAUGCAGGCUUAGCGGCCAUGGCUCACGGGCCCAGCCGCUCUGCAGCAUCUGGGAUCUUCCCAGACCGAGGCACGAACCUGUGUCCCCUGCAUCGGCAGGCGGACUCUCAACCACUGCGCCACCAGGGAAGCCCAAAGCAUAGGCUUUUUUCAAGGAUUUAAAUACUAAAAGAUCAAAUAAAUGUGGUUCCUUUCCUACUUAGACUCAAACUCACUUUAAUGAAGAAUUUUACUUAAGUGGUACAUGUUAUUUUUAUUAGUUUAAAAUCUUUUUCUUUUGUGAUUAAAAAAGUAAAUUUUAUAAUGCUAAAAUCUAAGAAAUGAAAGUAUCUUCUUUUAAAAUGAUAUUCUUUUAAUGUAACUGUCUCCCCAUCUUUUAAAAUCAUAUGAUAUGACAAAUAUUUCUUCAGAGCUCAUUAGGAGAUGUCAUCGUGAUAUCUGUGGGCAUAAGUAAGCUUUAUUCUACAACAUCUCUACUAAAGCAGUUCAGGUUAUUACUAUGUAUUGUGUUUAUGGUAUCAUAUAGCUUUUGAUAAGCACAGAUUCUAGAUCUGAUCAUAAAAAAAUUGAUAAUGACUUUAAUGACACUGCAAACUGUCGUUGGAAAGUAAAAGAUAUAAAAAUGGCAUAUCUGCUAACUUUUAUCUAUAAAAUAAAUAAACUCUUGCUAAUGUGAAUAUAUCUUUGAACAAAAAAUAUCCCCUUGAAAAUUACUUUGUGUACUUUGUAUUGAUGAUAAUAAAGGAAGUUUAAAACUUA